AUGACCCUCAAGGACUACGUCAGGGAGACCCUGCUCAAGGACGGAAAGCUUGCCGAUAGCGAUGAUGACGAUGCAGACGGCGGCAAGGACGAGGGAUACCGUCAUCCCGAUGCUAAUCAUCACCGCACUGAAUCUCCCGAUCAUCCUGCGCAGAAUGGAACCACCAGCUUGCCCGGCCAAACAGACAGCGACGAAGAGUCUGACGCCGACAACUUUUUCAAGAAGAAGGACAAGUCCACCGCGGAGCUGGACGCAGAGCAGCAGGACUUCGACAACUUCCUGCGCAAGCAGUCGCGCAAGACGUCGCAGAAGGCGGGCGAGGAGCUGCUGCUGCACUCGUACCUGGAGAACGAGAAGCCGGAUGAGAAGGAGCGCUUCCUGCGCGACUUUGUUCUCAACAACGGCUGGCUGGACAAGAACGCCGCCAUCGCCCCGGCGGCGGGCGACUACGAGAUCGAGGUCGACACCAACGACCCCGACAGGUCGGACGGCGAGCCCGACGCGGACGACGACUUCGAGGACAAGGCCGAGGACUUCGAGGCGCAGUACAACUUCCGCUUCGAAGAUCCGGACGGCGCGCAGGUCGUGUCGCACGCGAGGACCGUGGCCGACUCCAUGCGCCGCCCGGAUGACAGGCGCAAGAAGGCGCGCGAGGCCCGCAAGCUGAGGAAGCAGCAGGAAAAGCUCGUCAAGACAGAGGAGAUUAAGCAUCUCAAGAACCUGAAGAGGAAGGAGGUCAAGGCGAGGCUGCUCGCCAUCCAGGAAGCCGCGGGCGAUGGCGUCGAUGUGUCUGGUAUUGACUUGGAUGCCGAUUUCGAUCCAGACCAGUUUAACCGGCAGAUGGAGAGCAAGUUCGGGGAUGAGUACUACUCGCAGAAGGAUGAGGAUAUGAAGCAAAUCACGAAGGAGGGCCUCGCUACGGCGACCGAAAAGCGGUUGGAAGCAAAGGAAAGCGAGGAGGUGUCCAAGGACCUGCGGGAGGACGUAAAUAGGCUCAUGGAUGAGUACUACAACCUGGACUACGAAGACAUUGUCGCGGGGGUGCCAAUGCGUUUCAACUACAAGAAAGUCGACCCCGAGGCAUUCAACAUGACGGCGGAAGAGGUGUUGAGAAUGGAAGACAAGGAGCUGAAUCGCAUUGUUUCCAUGAAGUAUCUCGCGCCUUACCGCGCCAACAGGGAUAUCAAAAAGCAGUCGUGGCGUGUCCACAAUGCGUUGAAAAUGAAGAGACAGUCACAGCGCAUGCAUGGAGAGAAUGUUAGCAAGCAGUCUGCUUUGCACGAGAUUGCGAAUUCGAAGGAAGAAGCGGAUGGCGCUUCUAAAAAACACGACAAUAAGCGAAAGCGAAAGCGGAAACAUUCCCACGCUGACGAUAGGGAGGAUAGAGGGAAGGGGGGGAACGUUUUCGAAGCUCCCGAUAGAAACGAAAACACUGUCGCGGGAGAGGAAGGGAAAACUGCCAAGUCUUCGAAAAAGAGAAAGCGGAAGAGGAGAACUCCCGCGGAGACCGUGGAUAGUUUGUCAUCGAGCAGGAAAAAGGCAUACAACAUCGACUAGCUUGUGUCACGGUCAUCAGUGCUUUUAAUUCCGAGGGGCAUGCAGUGAUGCGCAAGCGUUUUUGUCAUCGAGCAGGAAAAAGGCCUACAGCAUCGAUUAGCUUGUGUCACGGUCAUCAGUGCUUUUAAUUCCGAGGGGCAUGCAGAGAUGCGCAAGCAUGGGCAGAAUCGUCGUGAGGGGACGGAGGCACGGGCGAUGAUGUGUACAUAAUUUUACGCGAUGCGCAUGAGCGGGUAAUAAACCGAGGGAGGCAGGAUACAUUGGUACAAGUAAAGGCGUUUCUAACCGUCAUCGCAACGCGGCUAGCGUAUCACGAUCAGCCGACAACUGUCCAG